AUGUCAGCGACCACGGGAUUAGUGUCGGCAGUCGCGUUCUUCAAAGACAGUCAACGGGUUGUUGUCACUGAUUCGAGCCACGUUGCGCGCAUUUGGGACGUAGAGAAAGGAGCAUUGGUAGGAGGGCCAUUCGGGGGACACUGGAGCGCUGAGAGCACAAGUCCAGUCGCUGUAUCACCAGAUGACAGGCGAGUUGCGAGCAGCGCAGCUGAUGACAUCAUGAUCUGGGACGUCGACGGGGACAAAGUACUCGGUCCACUAAAGCAUAAAGAUACAGUGAGAUCACUGUGCUUUUCCCCAGAUGGCAAGAGACUUGCAAGCGGGUCACUUGAUGGAGCAGUUAUUAUAUGGGAUGCGGGGACUGGCGCUGCUCUCUCAACACUCGUCAAUCAGGGUACGGUGAAUUGUGUCGCCUUCAGCCCAGAUGGGCUAAAGUUAGCAUUCGGAACAUGGCGUAACAUUCGGAUUUGGAGCGACGAUAAUGCCGAGCCUCUGUUCGAUAUCAAGGCUCACGACGACUCCUGGGUUCAAAGUGUUGUGUGGUCACCUGACGGUCAGCAAAUUGUCUCUGGAUCACAAGACAAAACAGUCAAGUUUUGGGACUCGUCGAAUGGAACCCAGAUCGGUCAACCCUGCACUGGUCACACUUCCUUUAUCACAUCACUUGCCAUCUCUUCUGAUGGCUCCUUCAUUGCAACUGCCUCGGGCGAUGAGACUGUGCGCCUGUGGAGCACAAAGUCACAACAGCAGAUCGGACAGGCACUUGAAUGUACCACAUGGGUUAACUGCGUCGCAAUUUCUCUCAGUGGAGAAUUACUCGCGAGUGGAGGCAUUGAUGGGAAUGUUCGGCUCUGGUCCAUCGAGAACACACUCUCCGCAGUAUUUGGGAGGGAUUCCUCAUAUGAUUCCUACUUUGCGCACCGCUGUAAGGUGAAGUUGGGCCAAAAGCUCUAUGCGGAGGCCCUUUCGGACGCGAACAAGGUCAUUGAGCUCAACUCCUUGUCUUAUAUCGGAUACGGACUGAAGCAUACAGCUCUCCAUGGAGCACAGCGCUAUGAUGAUGCAUUUGAGGCUUUCACAAUCAUGCUCUCCAAGUUGGAUGAUACACCCGACCCACAGAUACGACAGGUACGCCAGCAAUAUGUCAGCCCAUCUGAAGUAGAGGAUGCUAUUCGACGAGCCAUUCUCACCCAACUGGAAAACGCUCCACUUCGUCUAAUCAACACCUCCACUGGACGUUUGUGCGAUCGAGACGCGCAGAUUAACGCAUUCACGAAGAGCACAGAGUACAAAGAGCUUUUGCAUUCAUCGGACAUGCAUGCGCCCCUCCAAAUGGAACCCAUCAAAGAAGCGGUCGCGAAGUACUUCAGUUGGGUCAUGUUAUCUCAUAGGUGGGAAACCAUGGAGCCACUACUGCACGACAUUCAGCGCAGGGACGUAUACGAGUUGGAUCCGGUUGGAACCGUGGUGAAGUUGCAGAAGUUCUGCAAAGUCGCUUGCAACGCGGGGUAUCGCUGGGCAUGGGUCGAUACAUGCUGCAUCGACCAGAACAACAAUGUUGAGCUCCAGCAAUCAGUCAACUCUAUGUUUAUCUGGUAUCACUACUCAGCGCUCACCAUCGUCUACCUAUCGGAUGUUCCUCCCUCGUCAGAGUCUGGCGCGCUCGCAAACAGCAUUUGGAAUACGCGAGGAUGGACCAUUCAGGAGUUCCUCGCUCCUACAAUUGUUCUCUUCUACCAAGCAGAUUGGUCCCUAUAUCUCGACGACCGCUCACCCAACCACAAGCGGUCUGUCAGUAUCAUGAGGGAGUUGGAGCGCUCAACUGGGAUAAAUGCACGAGCGCUCGUCAACUUCCGUCCAGGGACAAGAGAUGCUCGAGAGAAACUCCAGUGGGCGUCAAACCGUGACACCACGAGGGAGGAAGAUAUUGCUUACUCUUUGUUUGGCAUCUUUGAUGUUAAUCUUCCUGUUAUCUACGGAGAGAAAAGACAAAAGGCGCUCGGGCGACUCUUGCAGGAGGUCAUAGCUCAUUCGGGCGACAUCACAGCCUUGGACUGGGUGGGACAAUCGUCCAACUUCAACAGUUGUCUCCCAGCCGAGAUUUCCUCAUACAAGGCUCUGCCAUGUACACUACCAUCUCUAUCCGAACAUGACAUGCAGAUAUCGGUCUCUACGCUGCGAAACAAUAUUGUGGCUGUAGAGUCGGCUUCGAAACUGUGUACCACUUUUGAGAACCUCGGCGUUCCUCAUUUUGUCAACGCCAGGCUGCAAUUGCCAUGCAUCAUAUUUCCUCUCACAGAAAUCAGGCGGAGGCCUGGUGGAGACGGGAACAGAUGUCUCACAUAUGAAGUCAAGGCAGACGGGCUACAAGACCUGCUGGUCACAACGGAAGACAAGCUUGUUCAAUUCUCGCCUGUAAGGCGUACUCGGCAGACAUUCUUGCUCAUCCGUCCAUGGAAUCGGUAUGAUCUCGGAUUGGUCGACUUUACAGACGAGUCGCAGAGCACGGACGAUUUGCCCGGUGAGCCUGGUGAUGAUGAGCUGGUUACCAGAGGGUUGAGCUUGCUCGUUCGACUUGCUCGUCCUUUUGGCGCAUUUUUGCUAGCGCAGCGGCAUGGUGGGGAGUAUAAGAGAAUCGCUUCAGAUAACAAUAUCAUCGCACAAGUCAGGGACAUGGCUUCUUUUGAUGGCAUAAUGGACGUCAGGACGCUGGAGAUAUUGUAG